AUGUCUCUCCCAGCUACACACAAGGCCCUCGUCGUUGUCGAACCAGGAAAAGUGGCCGUAAAAGAGCAGCCCUUGCCAAAAUAUGGCGACGACGAGCUGCUCGUCAAUGUCAAGGCGGUCGCACUCAACCCGACGGAUUGGAAGCACAUUGACAAUCUCCUCAAACCCGGCCAGUCGAUCGGAUGUGACUUUGCCGGUGAUGUCGCCGCUGUGGGCAGUAACGCCCAAAGCAAGGGUUUCUCUGUUGGUGAUCCUGUCGCCGGGUUUAUUCGCGGAGGAUUUGUCGUGCAUGACAAUGGCGCGUUCCAGGGCGAGUACACACAUAUCCCGAAAUAUGUCGCGGCUCUCCCAGAGAACAUAUGGCACAAGCCCGCUUCCUUGCCCUACGAAGACGCGGCACCAAUGGGUGGAAUUGCGCUGAGCACAGCUGUUCACGCCAUUCACGGCACACUUAAUUUCCCCUACGAAUCCACAGACCCUCAGCCCAUCCUAAUCUGGUCAGGGGCAACUGGCAAGUUCAUUACUCGAGUCGGCAUGUACGCCAUCAAAAUAGCCUCCCUCGCUGGUCUCAAAGUCGUCACUACUGCGUCUGAGAAGAAUUGGGAACUCGUCAAGUCACUCGGCGCCGACGCUGUCUUUGAUUACAAGGACCCGCAGGUCGUCCAAAAGAUUCAACAAUGGGCGCAGAGUUCAGGACAUGGUCCACUUAGGGCCGCUUUGGACACAAUAUCCGAGCACGGUAGCACGAAUCUGUGUGUCGAAGCGGUUGGGCAGGGUGGUAGGGUCAUCACACUCCUGCCGCCUCCGAAAGAAUUUGAUAGCAAGGGCGCGGAGGUCAAGACCAUCCUCGUUUACACAACGCUCAAGCCCAAGAACGCAGAUGACCACCGCAAAAUGGCCGAGUGGUACAAGAAGAUUCCGUCUUACAUCGAAAGCGGCAAACUUUACAAGGGCAUCGUGCCGCUCAAAGUCUUCCACGGGUUCGACCAACUCCCAGAAGCAAUCGAUUACGUCCGUCAGGGCAAAGUUAGCGCACAAAAACUCGUGGUCACACUCAAGUAA